CCGCCUCUUGACGGCCUCGGUUUGGCACAUUCUCCAGCAGUCAGUCAGUCAAAGCAACGAACGGGAAGCAGCAGACAAGCAGUGCUACAGAAUACGGAAUAUACAGUGGAAAUUAUAACAUAUCUCCCCUGCCACCGUGCGUCCAGCCUGCUUACAAAGUGUCAGCAUGUCCAGUGAGGUGCAGCAGAGGCCGGACGAUAGCCCCAACACCAGUGGGGGAAGCUCUGAUGCUGAGCAGAGGGAGGCAGCUCCACCGGAGCAGCCGGGCCCUGAGCAACGGGACCAGACCCAGCCUAAAAAGAAGGAGGCCAAAAUCUCAAGCAAGACAGCUGCCAAGCUCUCCACCAGCGCCAAGAGAAUCCAGAAAGAGCUUGCAGAGAUAACCUUGGACCCGCCGCCAAAUUGCAGUGCCGGUCCCAAAGGUGACAACAUCUAUGAGUGGAGGUCGACCAUCCUAGGCCCUCCAGGCUCCGUGUACGAGGGAGGAGUGUUUUUCCUCGACAUAGCCUUCACACCAGACUACCCCUUCAAACCACCCAAGGUGACUUUCCGUACAAGGAUCUACCACUGUAACAUCAACAGUCAGGGAGUGAUCUGUCUGGACAUCCUGAAGGACAAUUGGAGUCCUGCCCUCACCAUCUCCAAGGUCCUACUGUCCAUCUGCUCCCUGCUCACUGACUGCAACCCUGCCGACCCUCUGGUUGGAAGCAUCGCCACACAGUACCUGACCAACAGAGCCGAGCACGACAGGAUAGCCAAACAGUGGACCAAACGCUACGCCACAUAGACCAGCAUGACUCCUCCAGGAACCCUCACCCUCCGCACACACACACACACACACACACACACACACACACACACACACACACACUUCCCCUCCUCCGAAAUCUAUGGAAGCACACCCACUCCUGUCAUCCACCCUGCCCCCACCCCAGAGAAACGAACUGUUAUUUGUUCCAUGCUGACUUGAAAAGCUUCUUUUUUAUACAAAGAGUCUAUUGGGAUUGUAUUUUCCAAUACACUGAAUGUUGAUAUGGUCAUGAAAAGCUUUAAUACUGUUAUUGUUCUUGUCGUUGUUGUUCUUAUUGUUAUUGCAUUGUUUAUAACAUUGUUGCCACACUUGCCAUCUUCUUGAUCUAAAAGCGUGCGUGUAUAAUUCCUGUUUCAUGUGAUGGUUUCAUGUAAAAAUGAUCAAAACUGAAUGAGUGCUUUUAGUUAGUUUUCUUUCAGUGGUUUUAAAGCUCACGGUCAACAUUAGUGCAUGGCAUCAAGAUAUAUGUUCAUGCAGUGGACAUGUAGUCAUGGUAUUAUUUCUGUUCCAGCAGAGUCUUGCAUGGAGUGAAGCCAUCACCAUGUCAGACGAUAGUUGUAGUUUGCUGUACAUUUAAUGCCUUGUGAGAAUACAUACUCAUUGAAUAUUCAAUUAAACACUGGCUGUAAUGUGACAGA